GACGAACCUGGCCUCUCUCUCCCGUUGUUCUCCCCCGACGUCUCGGCCCAAGCUGGGCAGCCUCGGGGCUAGGAAGGCAAGGCCUCGCGCGCGCGCUCCGGUCCCCCCCCCCAAAAAGCGCUCUCAGCCUAGCUGCUUUGGCAGUAAGGCAUGCGCAUUGCGGAGCGCCCUCUCACCCCGCUCAGUUAUGCCAAAUAUGUGAGCCUGAGCGGCGGCGGCAGCAGCAGCAGCAGCAGCAGCCGCGGCAAAGAGCGAGAGGCGCCCAAGGACCAAGUAGAAGAUCAUGGCGUGCUCUAGCCAGCCGCGCGGCAAGCUGUUGCGCUUGCCGUUGCCGCCGCCGCCGCCGCCUCCGCUUUGCUCAAGGCGCCACCAAGCAGCGGCACCCCUGCUGCGCUCGACGGCAGCGAACUGAAGGAGACGACCAGGCAUGGCUGACCCUCUGCGUAGGACUUUCUCCAAGCUGCGAAGUAGGAGGUCGCAGCGAGGAGCCGGGGAAGCUGCUGCCGGGGACCCCAGCGAGAGAGGCGGCAGGGGCGUCGGAGCCCUUGGAGGGAAAACCCAGCAGAACCUGCACUUCCAUCACCCCUGCCUGGAAAACGGAGUGACGACCGAAGCGUGUCCCGGGUUGGGGAGCCAGGUGGGCGGUUGUGAAGUGCUCCUCGUGUCCCCGCUGGAGAGGCCGGGCUUGCGGGAGUCGGCUGCCUGGUCCCGGUGGGGAAAGGCGGAGAUGCCCGGAGAAAGGUUGCCGGGAGCCGCCGUGGCCCGCUCUUGCCCUCCGAGAAAGGGCGCGGAAGGCAGGGCGCUGCAGCAGCCGAGCCCCCCGGAACUCCGUGCGCCUCCUCUGGCCGCCGAGCUCUGCUUCUCCUCGUCGUCCUUUUUCCCCAGGGGAUCGGAACCCGGCCCGGCCCUGGAGUGCGGUGGUGGGAGCGAAGAAGACGACUAUUAUGAUAACCAGAGGCUGCCUGGUUGGGGCUGCCAAGGAACGGCCCGAACGCCCGAAGGAGCAGCGCGGGGAAACAAGGAAGGCAGCGCGGCCGCCGUUCCGGGUGCUGGCGGCGGCAGCAGGGCCAGAGCGAGAGAAAGCACCGGCAAACUGCGAAGCCAGCUCCAGGAGGCCUAUUACUUGUUGAUCCACGCCAUGCACGACCUGCCUCCGGCCAGCCCCACAGCUGGAGGACCCUCGCCGCAGCCCGCUAGCCAUCUGCCCGCCUCUGAGGCUGCAGCGAGUGAUGCUUUACGCUGGUCUUUCUCGUGCCCGGACGGAUGCUCGCCGUUGCAAAGAUCCGAUCCCUGUGCCCAAGUUUCAGCCAAGAAUCCCAUCAGGCGCCAGGGCAUAAGCAAGAGUCUGGAGAGCCUCUGCUUUGCCCAGCCUUCUGCUUCCAAACUACUGCUCCUGCCGAGAUGUCGGAGCGAAGGUACGCUCCAGCCUCUGCCUCCAGAGCCACUAGAGCCCCGUGGCCACCUGCUGCUCGAACCUCAGGAACUUGGCACCAGCCAGGAAACCUGCUUCCUGUCAGCUGCCACACAUGGCUCUGGUGACAGCGGUUGUGAGAAGACCCUCAGCAGCCAAGGCCUUGGUGAAGCACAUCCUUCAGGGCUCCAGGAAGACAUGGAGGAGCUGUUGGCCCCUGAGCUGUAUGGAGCCCAGGGCAAAAUGGUGGAUCCAGCAAGAGCAACCAGGGGUAGCCAUGAGGGAAAACCCCAGCACCCCCCAGAAGAUGCCUCCCCGGGCCCCUUCAAACCACCCACUGUGACUGUUCGGAAGCUGCAGAAGUGGAUGUACAAAGGACGCCUGCUCUCCUUGGGCAUGAAAGGCCGGGGUGGGACCGCUGGGAUGUCCCCCCCAUCUUCCCGCACCAAGGUCACUGGGAGUUGCAGGCCACUUCUUGGCAGAGGAGAGGGGCUCACACUUUCGCCCCCUGCUCACUUGAAUGGCCCAGGGCCCAAGGCCCGAGUAUCUUCUUCAGACCAAAGAAUAUUGCUGACAGAGCUGAUUGAAAAUGUUUACAUACCUUCUGUGAGCAGAAGAGAACUUAAGAACUUGAAAUCCAGUGAAGUUUCUGAGUGCAGGCCUCAGAUUGCUAACAUUACUGUGUCCAAGAAGCGGAACUGGUUACAUCAAAGUUCUCUGAGAGUACCUAGUUUGGAAAAAGGAAACUCUUACAAGAAAUUUUCAGGAGAAAAUUACCAGGUACUGAAAUCUUCCAGUCCUUUCUUUGAGCCAAAAAUGCCUCAGACUUUUUCCAGAUUUCUAGGACAGGAAAGCCCUAGAGGAAGAGUCAGUUCUGCACAUGCUGCUGGGAAUGGAACAAGAUCUUUGGCACUACAAAACUGUACUUUAGAUUUUGGUGAAGAUAAUGAUGCAGAUGAUGAAGGAGAAAUAUGGUACAAUCCUAUCCCUGAAGAUGAUGAGCCUGAGUUCCCUUGUUUUCUAAGUGACCAUAAUAAUCAUUUGGACCCCCAAGCCUUGAAUUACAAAAUAGCACCUGGGAAUGAUUUAAUCAAAGUCAUAACGCAUAAUGAAGGCCUUCCUCAAUUCUUAAACUGUUCUGGAAAUGGUCAGCCUAGAGAAACGAGUCAAAUAGAUAAUGUGCAUUCAGUGGAAUAUUUACAAACACAAAAGCCAAAGCCUGUAUGCAAUAUUCUGACUGGGUCCGCAGUGGACGAAGGUCUUCUUAAAACUACUACAGGAGGUCCUGGAAUCAUGUCUGCAAACAAGGCAGAGACAGGAACAGCAGAAUAUUCUCCUCCAAGCCCAAGCCCAUUGAAAAAAGGUGGUUCGAUAAACUGGCCUUUCCCUGAUAAAAUAAAAUCCCCAAGAACAGUCCGGAAACUUUCCAUGAAGAUGAAAAAAUUGCCUGAACUCAGCAGGAAGCUCAGUGUCAAAGGAAAUUCAAGCCAUAAUAGCUCAGACAAUUCUUUGUUGCUUAAAAAUAAUUGCCAGGAGGUAGGCCAUGCACCGUUAGCUUCUUCUGGAAAUGUAACAGCAGCUGCUAGCAGGAAUGUUAUAAGCCGGUAUCAUCUUGAUAGCAGUGUAUCGUCUCAACACAGCUACAAAAAGAAAAACAGGGGGACUUCCAAAUCCUCCAGCAAAGGGGGCUACCUCAGCGAUGGAGACUCUCCUGAGCUUAUAGCAAAAUCAGGGAAAUACGCAGCUGAAAGCAGGGUCGGGAAAGGAAAGGAAGUAUUUGCAGGUAACUUGGGUAAUAAAUCAGAAAUAGACAUUGAUGCUUUUCGACACUACACUUUUGUUGACCAACCCAAAUGUUCCCAGUACAUAUCUGGACUCAUGAGCAUUCACUUCUAUGGUGCAGAGGACCUGAAACCACCACGGAUGGACUCAAAAGAUGUCUUCUGUGCAAUUCAGGUAGAUUCGGUAAAUAAAGCAAGGACCGCUUUGCUGACUUGCAGAACAACAUUUUUGGACAUGGAUCAUACUUUCAACAUAGAGAUAGAAAAUGCUCAGCAUCUAAAAUUAGUGGUUUUUAGCUGGGAGCCCAUGCCAAGGAAAAACCGGGUCUGCUGCCAUGGUACGGUAGUUCUUCCUGCUCUUUUUCGUGUGACGAAGACUCAUCAGUUGGCAGUAAAACUGGAGCCUAGAGGUCUUAUCUAUGUCAAGCUAACUCUUCUGGAACAGUGGGAGAAUUCUUUUUGUGGAACAGAUGGAGAACGAGAACCAAUACUCUUUGGAGUUGAUGCUCGGAAAGUUGUUGAGAAGGAAAAUGAAGGUUUGAUGGUCCCUCUCUUGAUGAAAAAGUGCAUUACGGAUAUUGAAAAAAGAGGUUGCCAGGUUGUAGGGCUCUACCGUUUAUGUGGGUCGGCAGCUGUGAAAAAAGAACUCCGUGAGGCAUUUGAGAAGAAUAGCAAAGCUGUUACUCUAUGUGAAACUCAGUACCCAGAUAUAAAUGUGAUAACAGGUAUCCUCAAAGAUUAUUUAAGGGAGUUGCCUUCUCCGUUGAUAACCAAACAACUUUAUGAAGCAGUGUUGGAUGCCAUGGUAAAAAGACCUUUGAAAAUGACAGCAAAUGGAUGUGAAAACGAUUGUAAUGAUUCAGAACAUACAACGGCUCUUUUGGAUUGCCUGCCAGAAGUUGAGAAAGCAACUCUAAAGAUGCUCUUGGACCAUCUGAAACUGGUGGCUUCAUACCAUGAAGUAAACAGAAUGACUUGUCAGAAUUUAGCUGUGUGUUUUGGGCCUGUAUUACUUAGUCAGUGGCAGGAAACUACCAGCCACAACAAUAGAGUGUUCACGGAUUCAGAAGAGCUGGCCAGUGCCUUGGAUUUCAAAAAACAUAUAGAAGUUUUACAUUAUCUGCUCCAGUUGUGGCCAGUGCAACAUCCAUCAACUGAAGAGUCAGCCUUGCUGGAGCAGCAGUCCUCUGUGAACUAUCUGAGGCCUAAGAAACAGCGGCCUCAAAUGUUAAAUUUAAGCGAAGUGCCUGGGAUCUUGCGAUCCAGGCCAGCCAGACUAGACAGCUCUUCAAGCAACCGCUAUGCUGGCGACUGGACUGCUUGUGGAGAUAACUACUUUGUCGGUCCCAAAGAAGCUCUGAGCGAAGCCGACUAUGAUGAUGUCCCUUCAGAAGAGGCAGAAAGUGGGGACGAUGGCAGCAAAGCGGAUGCUUCCAGAACGCUGCUCCGGAGGCCCAUUUGUGUAUCCAAAGAACGUACCUUUCAGGCGUAUCUGACAAUGCAAACAAUGGAUUCUGCUGUGAACCAUCAAGUUAACCUCAAAAACUUGCAAGAAAGCAUUGAUACGCUGAUAGGAAACCUGGAACGGGAACUCAAUAAAAACAAGCUCAAUAUGAGUUGUUGAUCACUUUGCCAUGUCUCCAGUUUUGUAUGUCCCUUCUGUUGUAUUCCACCAGGAGAGAAUAAGGAAAAGGAUGAGUUUUGGAUGAGGGUCUGUACUGGGCAAUGUUGGAGAUCACUGUGUAAGUUAGGUAUUCAUAUUGCAGUCUUUCUCCACCAUUUGAAAGCAUGUUACUUUUUCUAAAACAAUUCUGCAAUAUUCCUUGUCAAGGUACUAUGCACUUAGGAAAUUUGAACAGUUUAUCGAAGAUAUAUAAUGCCUCAUCUCUAUCUUUGUUACACUAGAACAGUACACUUUGUUCCUGAAACUUUAGCCCUGGUACGGAUGUUCUCCCAGAAGAGAAAAGAUUAAUGUUACUACUUAAGUGAUAAUAUGCGGCACAAACUGUAUGUAGAUCACGUUCUAUUAUAUUGACACCUUUUCACUUGCAAUGCAAAGGCUGCUAUGGAAAAUAAAAGCUUUUUGAUAGUUCAGUUAUAUGAAUAUUGAUGUAUUCCUGUAGUAACACUUUCAAGCAACUAUUUAAAACUGCAAAAGUAUUUUUCUAACUUUUGUCUUGUAGAUAUUUAUAUGUGAAAAACAUUAGGCGUGAUUUGGGCCUUUCUAGUUGAGGUACGUUUCAUUGCGCAGGGUAAGAGUUUCUUCUCUUUCUCCAGCCCAGUGCUCUGAAUUUAUGUUAUUCAUUCAUUCAUUCAUUUCCCAGCAUAGUGAUGAUGAUGAUGAGGGUGUGUGUGUGUGUAUGUGUGUAUGUAUUUGAGGGAUUGAAAGAGAGAGAGAUUUAAGAGUCCAAAAAGUGGGGGUAGAUUAGCAUAGGAAAUGUCAUUUCUUCCUAGAGAGCAGGCCCUGGCAUUGCAUUAGAUGAUUGUGUAAAAUGAGGUGAUUAUGCACUAUUUCUAUAGUUUUCCCACCCUUCCCCCACAUGCCAGUCAAGUAAAACUGCUGAUGUGGGAGGUUAGUGUUUUUUCAUGCCCUAUUGGAGAUGUUAUACAUGACAGCACUGUAGAAAAGUGUAGCCCAGGGUUGAACUGUGGAGUCCUUAGUGCUUUCCAAGCGUGGCUGUUUGUUUGCAAAUGUUUAUCCAGCUAGGUAGCAUCAGCAUUUUAACGGGUAACGAAAUGUCUGAAGCAAACAGUCAUGUUCAGAUAGCACCAAGGACUCCACAGGACAGUCCUGUGCCCAUCUGGCCCACUCUAGAUCUGACUCAAGAGAGCUGAAAAGAGACUUGCCUGUUGUGUUGUCCAACAACCACACAUAAGCAGUUGUGGGAUGUCCUGGACAAGAAAGUGGUUGAACACUGAGGUAUUUGAAAGUUGCAACUAAAAUCGUACAAAUUACUUCAAGGUAUCUACAAUAAUAAAGUAUCUAGACACAAUGGCCUGUUUGUCACACCCUUCUGAAAUUCUCGUUGUGAAACUAAAAAACAUGUUUCUGGAGAUGCUUUGGAGACUUGAUUGCUUGGCAGGGACCAUAGCAGCGAUUCAACCAAAUCAAAACAAAUUUUUUAUUGUGGUCCCACAGAGUUAUUCUACCAAAUUGUCCACAAAUAUGCACAUUUAAAAAUAUGUAGUGAUCUUAAAUUUAGAUCUUUAACCUGAUCAGCCUAAUGUUAGCAUUGUGCAUAGGCAAUAAUCAAUGCAGUCCAGGGUGCUCUCUGUGUUAAAGCAUCUCCAGCUAUAGUGAACCAUGCUUGGGCAUUAUUAUAUCAGUCUCAUCGGACUGGAAAUGUAGGUGCGUAACUCUGUACAUCAUUACAGGUGGUGCUUGACUUAUGGCCACAAUUGGGAAUUGAAUUUUGCUUGCGAAGCAAUGUGGUCGUUCAGCAAGUCGUCACAUGACCAAACCCGAUUUUACAGCCAUUUUACUAUGGUCAUUAAAACAAAUCACUGUGGUCAUUAAGUGAAUCAUGGGUUAAGUCAAUCACAUAGUCAUAAAUGCAAGCCAGUUGCCAAGUGUCUAAGUGGUGAUUACAUAACGGGGUAAGGGGGCUAGUGUGAUGGUUGCAAUUUUGAGGAUGGAUCAUAAGUCAUUCUUUCUGAGGCCUUUGUAACUUUGAACCAUCAUUAAAUUAAUGGUCGUAAGUUGAGUACCUUACUGUGUAUCUUGUCCAGUUUUUUUUCCUGAAUAGGGAAUUUUCCCUUCUGCUACGCUAAUGGGAAGCUUCCCAAUUUUGAUAGUUGUGCUGCUUCUUUAUUUUGUGAUAAAGAACCACUUAUUAUAUACUUUAAACCUGUCCCCCUAAUACAUUUCUACACCUUUAUCCAUUCUAGGGAGACCCCCAAAGAGUUUGCCUCCUUUUCAAAGGUUGAUAUGAAGAAAGUGCCUUUUUAAAGUAAUGUGUUUCAAAUGGCCUGAGACAUUUUGAAGGUCUUCAUUCCAAUUGAUCUAGCUUCUUUAAUCCCAAGAAUGUCCUUAAAUGCUAAGACGAUCAAUUUAUUGUUUAUCUUGCCAGGUUUCUAUAAAUGAAUAUUGGCAGCUUUUCCAUAUUGUUGUAAGAAGGGUAAAUUUAAUAAAUCCUGAUUGGAUUGGUCUGCAGAUUUUUGAUAUUCACUUGUGAACCAAAGUAAAUACAAGCCUGAUGCAAAUUUAAGUUCUGUCUGCAAUCAGGCAAUGACCCAAGCAGCAAUAAAUUGCAACCAGGUGCCUCUUAAAAAAAGAUAGCAAUGAAGUAGAGUAUGUCUUAAAUGACAUUCCUUUAAAAAAAUAUUAAUUAGCAAGCAGGGGAAGCCAUUAUCUUUUAAAGAGUGUUUUGAACACUAUUUGUUUUGCAUUAACCUUCAUCAACUGAUGUCGUCAGUUGUUUGGGGAAUCACAAUUUCCUCAAUUCCAUCUAGGAAUUCCGGGAAUUAUAGUCUUAAAAUAGUUGGAGGAUAAGGAAAGGGUACCCUGUAUUAUAGGUCUGGUUUCCCCUCAUUUAUUUACAUUAUCAGUUCUCCUUUUUUUUGUUACGGAUCUGGUACAAGUGCUAUUUAAUUUGCUCCUUGAUAUUAUUAUAAUUAUUUUAGCUAUUUAUUGACAAUAGGAUGACUGAAUUUGGUGCAUGAUUUUUGCCACAUUUUCCUUAAAUAUUCAGCAUUUUAUACAGUCUGGUUAAUUUAUUAUGAUGAUGAUUAGAGUGGCGGUACAUAACUACAGUCAUUUCAAUAUAGUGAUACAGUUUAAAAGCAUAUAUUUUAACCUGAAGCAUUUAUUGAUAAGCUGAUGUAUUUUUUUAAAGCAUAUGUACAGGAAGUGAAUUAUUUUUGAACUAUGUUAAUUCUGAAUAAAACCCAAAAUUGAAAACAA